GUUUGUGAGCCCAGUCCGAUGUAAUCCACAGUACUUGAUAGUGCACUUGAAAUGCAAGUCAGGCCAACAUUGUCGGGGAGAGUGUUAUCUUCCGAGCCUCUCUUUCGAUGCAUCCACCGCCUCACCCUCCACUCGUCGCCGACAUGAUAAACCGAACUGAAAGCGCGCAGUGCGAUCCGAGCGUCGACCCCUGCCGACAGCUCUUCAACAUCCUCUGGGGAUGUCUCGCGACGAUAUUCGCCUGCGUGUGGGUCUCCGUGCACCCGAACGUCCCACCGUCAAACCAGGGCGCAAUCCGGGCAUUCUGGUCGAGGCUCAAGAUCAUGCUCAUCGCCGUGAUUGCCCCGGAGAUCGUCGUCGUAUUUGCCGCACGGCAGUUCCUCGCUGCGCGUCAGUUCGCGAACGAGCACGGUGUCUCGAUGGCGCAUGGAUUCUUCUUCGCGAUGGGCGGAUUCGUGGAUGUGGACCGACGCCCCAUAUUCACGAACGAAUCCUUGGAGCAGGCGGAUGUGCUCAAUGCUAUCAGGGCAGUGCGCGUGGCCGACAUCGAAGACAAGAGCAAGGGUGAUGCUUUCUCCAAGGGCAUCGCGUUGCUUCAGGGAUUGUGGUUCAUUGUCCAGUGCAUCGCGAGGACCGCGCAGGGUCUCCCGGUCUCGGAGCUGGAGGUCUCGACGCUCGCAUUCGCCAUUCUGAAUAUCUUCAUGUGGGCACUCUGGUGGCACAAACCCCUCGGCGUACAAGAGGGGAUCGUCCUCAUGAAUGUCAAAGCCAGCUCUGUGGGGAAGGGUCCAAAGCAGGACAAACGACGUCCACCCCGCCGCUCGAUAUCGCGGUGGUUUGAGGAACGAUUGGCUGAAUUCGGGGGUGUAUUUGUGGGUGACUAUUGGGACUACUUUCAAGUCGUGGAGGAUCUCCAAUCGGUGCCCAUGUUCUGGUCGACCGACGCGGACGACAUCGACGUCCCGAUCUACGGAAGAAUGGCCAUCGGCGGACUCGGCUUUCUCGCCGAAGCGUUCUUUGGCCUCGUCUUUGGUACAAUCCACUGCGUGGCGUGGAAUAGUCAUUUCCCUUCUGUGGCAGAGAAGUUGUUGUGGAGGAGAACUGAAGGAGGUCCAUAG